CUGCCUGGCAGGAAACGUCUCAGCGGCGUUUCUGUCCACGCGCCAACCAUGGCUCCUUCUCCGGCCGUGCUGACCCGGUUGCUGUGUGCAGGUGUGUGGCGCUGGCCAAGUUUCCUGCAGAAGGCGGCCCCGGGCCCGGCGGGGCUGAAUGGUAGGACGGUGUCGGGAGCCCAAGUCCCAGUGGUCAGCGAGCCCCAGGACGACGACGAUCUCCAGAGCAGGAUCCUAGAUGUCCCGUUGCAACAUUCGGACUUCUUCAAUGUAAAGGAGCUGUUUUCUGUGAAGAGCCUCUUCGAGGCCCGAGUACACCUGGGCCAUAAAGCCGGUUGCCGGCAUAGGUUUAUGGAGCCAUACAUCUUUGGAAACCGCCUGGGCCAAGACAUCAUCGACCUGGAACAGACAGCCUUGAACCUACAGCUGGCCUUGAACUUCACCGCUCACGUGGCCUACCGCAAGGGCAUCAUCCUGUUCGUGAGCAGGAAUCGGCAGUUCUCUCACUUGAUCGAGAAGACAGCCCAGGACUGCGGAGAGUACGCCCACACGCGCUACUUCAAGGGUGGUCUGCUGACUAAUGCACACCUCCUCUUUGGGCCCACAGUCCGCCUGCCAGACCUCAUCAUCUUCCUGCACACGCUCAACAAUGUCUUUGAGCCCCAUGUGGCUGUGAGGGAUGCUGCCAAGAUGAACAUCCCCACGGUGGGCAUUGUGGACACCAACUGCAACCCGUGCCUCAUCACCUACCCUAUCCCUGGCAACGAUGACUCGCCCCAAGCUAUCCAGCUCUUCUGCAAGCUUUUCCGGACCACCAUCAACCGGGCCAAGGAAAAGAGGAGGCAGAUGGAGGCGCUGCAUCGGCUGCAGAGUUCCAGGGGGCCUGAGGGCAGUGGGACAUCUGCACCUGAUAAAAGCCAUUCCCCAUGACGGGAACCUCUGCUCCCACACUAGACAGCCAAGCCUGUUCUGAGCAGGAAGCUCCUGUCCAACCCUGCCUGUAUCCCCAUCUUCAGCAUCAGAGUCCUAUAUUUCCAAGGUCUGGCCACUCCAGAGUCCGAUCAUCCUGAGUUAAACCUGGUCUGCCUUUUUUUCUGGGAACAAACUCAAGUAAAGUACAUAUCCAUGUGGCCUCUGGCAUCCAUUAAGACUUGGACAUAGCUAGCCAAGUGGAAGGCACUGUUUCUCUUUUGUCAAGAAGCCCUUGCUUCCACUUUGGGUCUGUAUCAGGUGGGUUCCAUUUGAUCACUUUUCAAUUAAAAUUAAUACUUCAUUCUCUGUCAGAAA